CUUCUCCAAUAAAGCACAGUUGGAUUCACACCACAAGGCCUCUUUCCUUUCGGAUUGUGCUUCGUAGUUUCCUAUCUGAACACCACAAAGGUCAAGCGCAACCCAAUCCUUCGAUCUCUCUAACUAGGGUUGCCGUCGAUUUUUGAUUGAUAAUCGAAGAUGUUUGGGAGAGCACCUAAGAAAAGCGACAACACGAAGUACUAUGAAAUCCUAGGGGUUUCGAAGAACGCUUCGCAGGAUGAUCUGAAGAAGGCUUAUAGAAAGGCCGCGAUCAAAAAUCAUCCGGACAAAGGAGGCGAUCCAGAGAAGUUUAAAGAGCUAGCCCAAGCUUAUGAAGUUCUGAGUGACCCGGAGAAGCGUGAAAUUUAUGAUCAGUAUGGUGAGGAUGCUCUCAAGGAAGGAAUGGGAUCUGGUGGAGCUGGUGGGCAUGACCCUUUUGACAUCUUCCAAUCCUUCUUUGGUGGUAGCCCUUUUGGUGGUGGCGGAAGCAGCAGGGGCCGAAGGCAGAGGAGGGGAGAGGAUGUGGUGCAUCCCCUCAAGGUUUCUCUGGAGGAUAUCUACAACGGAACAUCAAAGAAACUUUCCCUCUCACGCAAUGUACUCUGCUCCAAGUGCAAGGGUAAAGGAUCCAAGUCAGGUGCUUCAACGAAAUGCAUGGGCUGUCAAGGGUCUGGAAUGAAAGUCUCUAUAAGACAUCUCGGUCCAUCAAUGAUCCAGCAGAUGCAGCAUCCUUGCAAUGAGUGUAAGGGUACCGGUGAAACCAUAAAUGACAAGGAUCGAUGCCCACAGUGCAAGGGGGAGAAGGUUUUACAGGAGAAGAAAGUUCUAGAAGUACAUGUGGAGAAGGGAAUGCAAAAUGGACAAAAAAUUACAUUCCCUGGGGAGGCUGAUGAGGCGCCUGACACAGUUACAGGGGACAUAGUCUUUGUUCUACACCAGAAAGAUCACCCCAGGUUUAAGCGGAAGGGUGACGACCUCUUCGUUGAACACACCUUGUCCCUCACCGAGGCACUAUGUGGCUUCCAAUUUAUACUGACCCAUCUGGAUAAUAGGCAGCUUCUAAUUAAAUCCCAACCUGGAGAAGUUGUCAAGCCUGACCAAUUUAAGGCCAUAAAUGAUGAGGGAAUGCCCAUGUACUCUAGACCUUUCAUGAGAGGGAAACUGUAUAUUCACUUCACCGUGGAAUUCCCAGACUCCAUGACUCCAGAGCAAUGCAAGGCUCUCGAGGCUGUGCUGCCUCCAAAGCCUUCAAUGCAGAUUUCGGAUAUGGAGUUGGAUGAAUGUGAGGAGACUACUCUGCAUGAUGUGAACAUGGAGGAGGAGAUGCGGCGGAAGCAUCAGCAGGCCCAAGAAGCAUAUGAUGAGGACGAAGAUAUGCACGGUGGUGCCCAGAGAGUGCAAUGUGCUCAGCAAUGAUGAUCUUUAUGGGAAAUUUGGACCAAUGGAGAAGAGAGAUCCUUGGAUUUGUAGGUUCCCAUAAAUUUGUUUCGAUAUUCUAUAUGAUGAUUUAUCUAGGCAUUAGAUUGGUGAUUUUUGAUUUGGGAUUUCCAAGCAAGGUUUAAUCAUUAUUGAUUUCUUGCUAAUCACAUUGACUGUUAAUUUCUUGCACUAUUAUAAUAUCUUGUGCUUUUAUCUCGA